CGCCCGCAGGCCAGGAGGAGCCGCUGCGCCGGGCGGACCCCCGGGGCUCCCGCCCAGCCCGGCCCGGGGACCCGGAUCAUAUCAUAUAUGACAAUAUGCAUCUUAGCCUGAAGAAAAGACACAAUGUCCAAGUAACAUUAAAAAAAAGUCUGUGAGGGUAAGCCCAGGAAAUCAUGCAGUCAUCAGGGCACAGGUUCCGUGAUGUGGAACAUCAUCCCCUUCUUGGUGAAAAUGAGAAUUAUGAUUCUUCAUCCUCAUCCUCAUCUGAAGCUGAUGCAGCAGACAGAAUUUGGUUCAUCCGGGAUGGCUGUGGUAUGGUCUGCGCUGUCAUGACAUGGCUACUAGUUGUCUAUGCAGACUUUGUUGUGACUUUUGUCAUGUUGCUGCCUUCCAAAGACUUUUGGUACUCUAUGAUCAACGGUGUUGUUUUUAACUGCUUGGCAGUUUUAGCCCUGUCAUCUCAUCUGAGAACUAUGCUAACUGAUCCUGGGGCGGUACCCAAAGGCAAUGCUACUAAAGAGUACAUGGAGAGUCUGCAGCUAAAGCCUGGUGAGGUGAUCUACAAGUGUCCCAAAUGUUGCUGUGUCAAGCCCGAGCGUGCACACCACUGCAGUAUUUGUAAACGAUGUAUUCGGAAGAUGGAUCACCACUGCCCAUGGGUGAACAAUUGUGUGGGAGAAAAAAAUCAGAGGUUUUUUGUGCUCUUUACCAUGUAUAUAGCCCUGUCUUCAGCUCAUGCUCUGAUCCUGUGUGGAUUUCAGUUUUUUUCCUGUGUCCGAGGGCAGUGGACUGAAUGCAGUGAUUUUUCUCCACCUGUAACUGUAAUCCUGCUGAUCUUCUUGUGCCUUGAGGGUCUUCUCUUUCUCACUUUCACCGCAGUCAUGUUUGGCACUCAGAUCCACUCAAUAUGCAACGACGAAACGGAGAUUGAAAGACUGAAAAGUGAAAAGCCAACUUGGGAACGGAGGCUCCGAUGGGAAGGGAUGAAGUCUGUUUUUGGGGGCCAGCCUUCAAUUUUAUGGAUGAAUCCUUUUGCAGGAUUUCGAAUCAGAAGAUUCCUACUGAAGUCAAAGAGAGGUGGUCCAGAAUUUUCUGUGUGAGGCCCACUUUCCCAUACUGGAACUUGCAAAUGCACUCUAGGAUAUUUAUUUGGGGUUUGGAAGCCUGUCGACAUAUACUCUGUGACCAAUGGGAACUGUACCAACACAAACCAGUUGCUUGUAGCAAGCAGAAUUUUAUACAUUUAUAGUCACGGAGAUCACAAAUUUUCCAAAAUGGUAACUGGAUGUUGUAAUGAACUUUUCAGCUGUACCACUAAUGAAAGGCAUGUGGCCACCCUAAAGAAGCCAAAUGUCAUUAUUCUACUGUGAGAUUAUGAUUUUUGUUAAAUCUUUUUCAUUUGAUCAAAUGUUGUUUGGGGUAUUACAUAUGAUAUUUUAUUAAAAAUCCUGUGUACUGAGCUGCAUUUGUCAAUCAUGGAAAAAAAAUCCCCAGUGGACAAGAAUUCUCAAGCCAGUAGCAUCAGGGAGUUUCUGUUUACCAUGUAAUUCCAUUCCGUUAUUGCUUUUCCUGUAUCUUAACGCUGUGGGGACCCUUUCAUAGAGAUACAUUUCAGUCUUUCAUUUUUAUUGUCUCUUAUCAUUAAGUUGCAAAAGAUCUGUGUGCACUGAGCAGCAUAGAUAAAUGUCAGGUACGCUCGUUACUUUUUUACCCCCAUUUAUCAUUGCUUACUUCCUUUUCCUCUCACCUGCCCAGCCCCAGAACAAAGUGUUUUCUUGAUCCUAGCAGCAAGUUUAAUAUAUGUAAGUUUUUCCUUUUUUUUUAAAUUUAAAAUUAUUAUUUUUAAUGGCAAGCUAUUUUUAAAAACCUAUGUUCAGGGAAGAGAAAAAAGCUGCUAUGAUAUCCUCCUUUGUGACUAACUAUGAAUGUAUUGCCAAUUGGACAGUCUACAGAUCCAAAGAACAAUCAGUUGUCUCCCCUGCCCCUUCCCUUUUUAAGAUCUUGUGUGGGUUUAAUUAUUUUAAAAUUUUGAAAGCGGAAAGGAGCUGAAACUGUUUUUUGUUUUUUUUCAGCCAAAUUGGCAUUAUCUAGGCAAAUGUUACUCUUGAUAAAGAAGAGUCAGGCCUCUUGUCAGAAAACCUUAAUCUCUGUGCAUCUCAAUGCUGCAUUGUUAGUCUGAGCAAGGAGGAGAUCAUAUAACCCCACAUUGAAGGCAGGCCAGUGUGCAUUUCACCACAACUUUAAAGAAGUAAUUCGUAGGGUAUCAGCUCUUCUUUUUGUGGCUUUGGUGCAGAAGAGAGCAGAGCACACGUUUGUAACUCUCCUAGAAAGAAACAGAAACAAAACUGAACUACCAGAAUGCCUAGAGCUAGAUGGGGGACUGUCAUUAAUGCUGUUCUUUGCUCACGCUAUAAUUGAGGAGAACCAGGUGUGUAGCGGAGAAUUAUGCCUGAACAGGGAACAGCUCCUUUCAGAGGAGUGGGAUGGGAUGGGAUGGGUGGGGAGGGGGGAUAUUGCCUUAAACUCACCUGGCUUGUGUAUAUUUUGUCAGAAGCAUCUAGAAGCAAUUUAUUACAUUCUAAGAGGUCUUCCUUAUUCAGAUUGAUCUCCCACACUGAACGUUUUGGUGUUUUCCUUCUGGGCAGGAUGCCUUUCUGUUUAUCUGUGAAGAUCUUCAAAGAACAAAUGUAUUCUAACCUUAUACUAGGAUAGAUGAAAUUUAUCAAGAGAUCAGCCCAGCACACAAAAGCCAAAUGAACAAAGCAAUUCAUUGGUGAAAAGAUCACCACAAAAAUGUGUAUACGUUGCAGGAAAUUGAUCAAGAGCAGCCAGAGAAGCAAAAACUUAGAUUUGUGGCGUGAUGGACAAUGGAGGCAAGUUCUAAAAGAAUCUUUUUUUUUUCUUUUUGCACAUCUGUUGGGAGCAUAUAUUAGGCUUCAUCAUGAGGCUUUUGAAAUGAUAUAGUCUGUUGGUUGAAAAUUAUUAAGAGUUUGAAUCCUGUGAGACUUAGCAAGUAUGUGUGUGAAAUCAGGUCUACUUGGCUUUUUCAACCCCUUUCAUUGUAAUUUUUAUAUAAAAUAAAGCCAUUCAUUGACAUUUCUCAAAGUUGGUAAUUAAAUGAUAUCGGGUCUCA